AUCGCUGACAACUUUCAUUUUCUCUAAAGAGGGAACAAUGACUCAAUGAGAAUGAUGAGUUGGUUAAAAGAGAUAUAUUUGUGAUCUUUGGGCAUGGUUUGCCACACCAAAAUGAUCAACAAUGGCAGCAAUAUCAGAUAGGCAUAUAAUUAAGGAUAAAAUCCUCGACAACGUUGCCAAAGCUGUUAAAAGUAUUCAGGGAAAAUAUGUAACAGCUGAUCCAGAAAACCCUGUAUUCCUUGGAAACGAGGAUGAGUCUUGCCAGAGGUUAUGCGACAAUCUUGAUAGGGUCUUUUUGCAUGGGUUAAAGCACAUACAGCGUGGAUAUUGGAAGGUUGUAUCCGAAUUCACAAAUAAACAAACUCUCAAAGAUUUAAAGCAUCUCCAGCAUGUAACAACAGAUAUGGGAAGAGGAAGAUCAUGGUUAUUUAUGGCUCUAAAUGAUUGUUUAUUGGAGAGUUAUAUUAGAUGCUAUGAAGAAAAUAUCAAAACAGUUCGAAAGUACUAUGUGAAGGAAGCCCUUCUCCUGGAUCAACAGAGUGUAACUGUAUUGCUGACUCUAACAGCAGGACUGGAGUAUGUUGUGUUUCAGUUGGAAUAUGAUCUUCCUUACUUAGAUAUGGGGGUCUCUGCUCGUCCCCGGUCCAUAUCUCAAGUCUCCAGCUCUGUGGACGAUGACCGGGUGUCGCUAUGCAGUAUGGACAGCAUAGCAUCAAUCAGACCCCAGGCUGCUCAUUCCUCAGGUGACACCUGGUCAGUCUCAGACACAAGUGACACGAGUAUCGACCCAAAUCCAAACUCACUAAGGAGCGAAAAUCACGUGGAGAACAAAGCAGACCGCCUGGACUCAGUUGUGGUUGAUGAAAUUGAGAACAAUGAAGAUGAUACAGGAAUUGAGGUCAUCAGACUCAAAGGUCAUGGUAAACAUGGGAAAAAGAGGAAGUCAAAGAAAAACGUACGUCGAGUGAGUACCAACUCACCAAUUCUGAGGGAGCCUUUGAAUGAAGAUGAAGAAGAUUCUAUUGAAGUAAGGCCCAUGAUUGAGUCAGAAGAAAUUCCACAGCCUAAAGUGAAAGUAGAGGAAGAAGACAAAGAACCAGGGUAUGUCUCCAAAUUCAAAGAGGAAGAUAAGUUGAAGGACAUUCUGAGUUCUAUAGGGGAUCAUGAUCUUUCUCACAAGACCAAUGAUUCUGAAGAGAGUAUAGAUGAUAAUGUAGAGAACAAUAUGCAAGAGCAUUCAAAGGAUGAAAGUUCUCUAAUGUGUGAAAAUAACAAGACACCUGAAGUGGAUGUAUACAAAAGUCAGAGCCCAGUUGAGUAUGAUUUCAGUGAGGUUGAUGAAGACAGUGAAAUUUUUAAAAAUGUUGAUACAGAAAGUGUUCCUGAUAAUAAAACUCUACACACUCAACAGCUGGGUGAUGAAAUAGAUGGUAACAAAUCACCUAAUGGGAAUGUGCAAUAUGGCUCUUCUUUAUCCAAAAGUCAUGACGAUUCUGCCUGUGAUAUUAAGCAAACAUUUAAGCAUGCACAUGAUGUGCAAAAGAAAGGGAGCACUGAAAAAUUUCAAGAAGAGGCUGAUAGUAGUGCUCAAGGUUGUGAAGAAACAGACAAUGAUUCCAGAGACAACAACAGUGAAGUGACAAAGAGUGCAUCAGAGGACUUGAGCAUUUACUCCUCAAGUUUUUCUGCCCAAGAGAACUCAUCAUCAGCUUCUCAGAUGCAGGACAGGGUAGAUCAUAUCAUCAACCAAUCAGAUGUGCCGUUACAGCCACACAUGUUUGAAGAGGAACCCGAGGAAUUGGCGCUGAGUGGAGAGGAGGGCAGCCAACUUCAUCCAGGGGAAGUCAUGUUAGAGAACAACACCAGACUGGAACUGAUGCUGAAUGUAUUUGAUAACUCAGAGGAACAGUUUAUUAGGAUGUACGUGUCUAGGCUGGGCCACACGGACGGUGACGACCACCCAGUGUUUAUCCUCCUGACUGACCACAGCAUCUACUUUCUCAACCAGAACCAGACAGACUUGAAAUUCAUCAAGGAUUCCUCCGUACCCUACUCCUCUAUAGACUACAUCUCGCUAACGAUUUCAGACCAGGUUAUCCACAUUGUGUGUAAAAACCGUAGAAAUCAGUACUGGCUUACAACAGGAAGUCAGCUGGUGACCAGGUCAAUUGUUGACUGCCUACAAGAACAGAUGAAGAACCACCAAGACUCUCAGCCUAUGGUGUUGUCUGAUGCUAAAACUCAGAUGAUUGCACUCCGGAAACACAUAGCUAAGGAGAGCCAUUGUGAGUCUUCAGAUGUAGUGAUCGCCUGUUAUUCCUUGGUACACUGGGGGUCAGAUUUGGAAUCCAAAAGAGACAAGGUGGACACAGCAUUCCGGGAGGGGCACCUGCUGUACCGCGUGAUGGAGGCGUCCGGGGGGUUGUCCGGACUUAGCAGUCAGAUCCUCAGUACUGUAGGGGACCCCAUGUCCCUGAUCUAUGGACAGAGCCAGAGUUGGAAGUCCGCCUUUGUCAUACUCAGAGAUGGAAUGCUGUGUAUGUAUGCUGAGAAGAAUGGGAAGCCAACAAUGUUUGUUCACAUGGGAGACGAUUGUGUUGGGUGUCGCCGUGCCAGUAAGUCAGACAGAGACCACUGUAUAGAGGUCAUCAAACAAGAUGGGUCGUCGUGGCAACUGGCUCUAGCCAAUGAAACAGAGGCCAAUGAUUGGCUGCAAAAACUGUGUCAGGCUGUUGCUGAGGGUAUACAGAAAAAAGAGGCCUCUAAGCCCAGUUGUCUUCCUUGCUGUGCCAUUUUGACAUCUACCAAACUCUUCAUGUUUCAUGAAGACCUUCAGAUUAGUUUCUUUAGAACCCUGGGAAGUGCCAAUAUAGCGGACGUAAUCUGUGUCCUGGUAGAUCCUGCCAUCAACACAUACUGUAUACUGGAGUUUGAAUCCCAUGAUGGUGGCCUUAGUCAGGAUAAAUGGGUUUUUUACUUCAAUGACGAAGCAGAGAAAGAGCGAUUUCUCGAGGCCCUUUCAGACAUUUGGAUCAAGUUCUUUCAGAUUGAAGAAAUGCCAGUGUUUGAGAUUGAAGAUUUCUCCGUACAAAGGACAUGUAGAUUAACUGCCACUCAGCUGGAAAACUCCAUGAAGGUCAGAGGACAGAAGCAUUGAGGAUACACAGCAACAUAGAUGUAUUACACCUACAUGGUUCUAACGCAAAGCAACAUUAACGUCUAAUUUUUUAACUCUUAGUGGGAGGGUUUUAUGCUUUUUUUCUUUUAUGCCUUUAAAAUAAUACCAUUUAUUAAAGUUAAAAUUCUUUUUAAAAAUGAGAGAGUCAGAGAGAGUCAUGCCCUUUCUUGUUUUUUUUUUUUUU